AUGACAAUCGACAUACCUCACCCACUCUCAGCCUUGAGCCUCGAGGAGACCAAUCUCGCCCGAGACACCAUUUUAAAGUGCCACGCAGAUGCAGUGUUGAAGUUCAGACUGAUUUGGCUUUUUGAACCUCCAAAAGCCGAGGUUGUCAAGUUCCUGGAGUCGGAACACUCUGGACAGCUGACUGAUGCGACAACACGGCCCCAACGUCUUGCACAAGUUCGCUAUGAUAAGAUCGAUGGAAAGAAACAAGUCGAAUUUCAUGAAUCCAUCGUUGAUUUGCGUGCAAAGAAAUGUGUCAGCGACGAGGUGGUCAGUACGAAGCUUCAAGCUGGGCUUAUCAUCUCCGAGUUUGAGGAUUUAGCUGAAGCUUGCAAGACGUCUACUUUUUUCCAGCAAAAACUUGCCGAGUUGAAAAUUCCUGAAGGAUUCGAAGUGGUCAUUGAGCCGUGGCCAUACGGUGCCGCUGACCUUGCGGAUGGCAAUACACGCUUCUUCCAAGGCCUUAUCUUUGCACAGGACACCAGAUCUGGCAAUCCAGAUUCAAACUUCUAUGCCUAUCCUCUGCCACUCAUCCCAAUUAUGGAUGCCAAGACGAAGGAGAUAGUCCGCGUAGAGGAGCCUGCCACUGGGGGUGUAGGUGAUGCCCUCAAGGCCAAGACGCACCUCCCUACCGUGGUAGACCACUGCCAACCCAGCGAAUAUGUCCCGGAGCUUCUACCAAAAGGGACGAGAAAAGAUCUCAAACCACUCACUGUGGUUCAACCUGAAGGACCAAGUUUCUCCAUCACGAAUGAAAACCUCGUUGAGUGGCAAAAAUGGAGAAUGCGAAUCACCUUCAAUCCAAGGGAAGGCCUUGUGCUACACGAUAUAAGAUAUGAUGGACGCAGCGUACUCUACAGACUUAGUUUGAGUGAAAUGACUGUGCCAUACGCAGAUCCACGCCCCCCUUACCAUCGCAAGCAAGCAUUCGAUUUUGGGGAUGGGGCAUUCGGCGAUGUGUAUUUUGAUGGUGUUAUCACUGAUGCCCAGGGUAAUGCAAUCCGGAAGAAAAACGUAAUUUGUUUGCACGAGCAAGAUGACGGCGUUUCCUGGAAACAUCUCAAUUGGCGGACCAACCGCUCGGUCGUGGCCCGUCGAAGACAGCUUAUUUUCCAAUUCAGCGUCACACUCGCCAACUACGACUAUAUCUUCGCUUUCAAAUUUGACCAAGCUGCAGCGAUCACUGUUGAGGCGCGAGCAACAGGUAUUGUCUCCGUCGUAAAUAUCGACCCUGGCAAGAGAAGCGAGUGGGGCACAGUGGUCAGCCCAGGAGCACUUGCACAAAAUCACCAACACGUCUUUUGCGUCAGGAUUGAUCCAGCAAUCGACGGACAUAGCAACAGAGUAGUGCAAGAAGAGAGCCUACCAGUCCAAAUGGAUCAACGCGUGAAUCCUCAAGGAAAUUUCUAUCGUGUUCACAAAACCCCAAUCACCACCUCAAUUGGCCUUGACGCAGACCCUCUCAAUAACCGUCUCUUCAAGAUCCAGAACGCGGGCAAGAUUAACCCAAUCACAGGAAAUCCAGUAUCUUACAAGAUUGUGCCACCUGCCACACAGCUUCUGAUCGCAGACCCCAAGAGCACUCAGCGCAGGCGUGCUGCCUUCGGAACCCACCACUUCUGGGUGACCAAGUACAAAGAUGACGAAUUCUACGCCGCUGGGCGCCAUCCGCUGCAGAGUCGGGUAGAGGUUGGUGGUCUAGGCGACGCUGCUGACCGGAAUGAUGAUGUCCUCGAUACAGAUGUGGUUGUGUGGAGCGUGUUCGGACUUACACACAAUCCACGUAGCGAAGACUGGCCAGUCAUGCCGGUUGAGAAAUUAGAGCUGAAUAUCAUUCCCGCGGAUUUCUUCACUGAAAACCCUGCCCUUGAUGUGCCUUCUAGCCGCGACAUUGGUUCUCGAUUGGUGACAGAUGUCUUCACGAAUGGGGCAUGA